UUGGCUAGAAAAAGAACAAAUAAAUCCACAGGUUCUGUGUGACCGACUGCAAGAAGAGCUCUGGUGACCUGAGUACUACCUGUAGAAUAUCGGUAGAUAUGAGGGUUCAGAACCAACCUGUUAAUUAUGUGUUUAUUGCUAAACUACUGCCGGCAGACGAUCCCUGCCGAGUCUACGUGUUCGAGUCCAAUGUGUUCGAGAAAGAGAUCUCCAUCUACUUCGAGUUGUUGCCCUGUCUCCGGCAGUUCUGUGAAGGAUCCAAACUCGAGAAGGUAAUACAGAACCGUAUACCUCAAUGUAUCUACGGAUCAAACAACUGUGAUGGAGCCGGAGUUCUUGUAUUUGAAUGCGCCCAGGAGAAGGGUUUCGUCCACCCCGUCAACCCCGACGGUCUCACUCUCGACCAAGUUCUUUCAACCGUCAAGUUUAUGGCAAACUUCCACGCCAUUGGGUCCGCCAUGUUGAUCAACAAGGGUAAAAUGUUAACCCUGAGAUACCCGUUCCUCUCUUAUAACGUGUACUCCAGUCCCAUCAUGCAGGAAGGAGCACGUAGAAUGUUUCACAUCUACUCCGAGUUCCUGACCUCCGUGUCAGGGGAGCUCAAGCUCCAGGACAAGUUUAACAAGUACUGCAACGAGGAGUGCGCAGCUAAGGAGAUGUUUACCUGCCUCCGGCGUCAGGUGGACUCCCCCUUCAACACCAUCAUACACGGGGAGUUGUGGGAGAAGAACAUCUUGUUUGGAGAGAUGAAUAUGGAGUGUGGGGAGGUGGAGCUUCAAAGCAUCCUGCUUGACUGGAAAAACGCAAAGAUUGCGUCAGCAACAAAAGAUCUUGCAUUCCUGCUUCUCUCCUCCACCUCCAACUCACUGAGGAAGACGCACAUAAUGGAUAUCCUCCGAACUUACCAUACCAUCUUUUGUGAGUCCCUGGAGGCCCAGGGGGUUAACACCGCUGAGUGUCGUAGCUUCUCGUUCGAAGAUUUCUUUGCUGAUUACGCUAUGAGUACAAAGGGUGCGUUCCUGCAGUCUGUGUGCGUAUUAGUCCAAGAAAUGACGUUUAUGGAGUAUCAGCUGACAGAGAACGAGGAACCCCACCAUUAUACUCAUCUAACUGCUUACGAGAAGCGGGCCCUUGAUCUUAUCGAAGACGACAUUCUCAACAAAACCCAUUUUUCUUAAUAAUUCAUCUCAGUUCCUAUAUUCAUAUAUCUCAAUUAAUAUCUGAAAGUGAAAUCUCUAAUAUGAUAUUACUAUCAUUGAACUUUUACAAGAAAUACUAUUUUUUAAUUCUCUACAGAUGUUUCUUUGAUUGACUUGUUUAUGUGUGAAUUGUUUAAUUGGUUUUCAUUCAUCGUUCAUUGAUACAAAAUGGAAUUCAGUUUAUUUACAAAAUGUAAUUCAGUUUAUUUACAAAAUGUAAUUCCUAAAAUGUCGAUAAUUGUAAAACUCAUUGCUCUUUUGUGAAACAUAACCAGAAAAAUAUAUUUUAAUGCUAUAAUCUUUA